AUGAGGCUUGAACCGAAACUCAUCGCACUGUUUUCCGUCCUCACAGUCGCGGUGCUGUAUUAUGCGACCGAGGACAUAGCUCUCGAACUCUCUCCGCAAGGAUGUCGCAUGUCGUAUAUGUAUCCGUCGUACGUUUUACAAGACGGAUUUGACCUGGUUUGGACUCCCCUGGCGCGUCGAUAUUCGUUGUGGUUGUAUCGAGAGGUUGACGGCUACGGACGGGGUUGGGAAGGGACCAAUGUAUCGCAAGGACUGGGUACACCCGUGCUCUUCAUUCCCGGGAAUGCGGGGUCGUCACGACAAGUGCGAUCUAUCGCAUCGUCUGCGACACGUCAGUACUUCGACGCGCCGUUCUCGGUCGCACCAGAGUUUCGGGGGACGGCAGUAAAGCCGCUGGAUUUCUUCGCCGUCGAGUUCAACGAAGAUCUAUCUGCGUUCCACGGCCCCACGCUCGAAGCCCAGACAGCCUACACUGCGCGCGCAGUGGCCUACAUCCUCUCGUUCUACCCACCCGGCACGCAGAUCACCGUCAUGGGCCACUCGAUGGGCGGCGUCGUCGCGGCCGCGCUGCUGCCGUCCGCGCACAUCGCCGCGGUGAUCACCAUGAGCACGCCACACACGCUGCCGCCGGCGCGGUUCGACGCGCGCAUCGACGCAGUGUACGGCCGCAACCAGCGCGUGCUGCGGGGGGACGCGGGGACGCCGAUCGUGUCGCUGUGCGGCGGCGCGGCGGACAUGAUGAUCCCGUCCGAGGCGUGCAUCCUGCCGCCCGUGGCGGCACCGCGGGACGUGUUCCGGCGCACGGUGUUCACGUCUGCGCUGGAGGGCGCGUGGACGGGCGUUGGGCACCGCGAGAUGGUGUGGUGUCACCAGGUGCGGUGGCGUGUUGCGCGGGCUGCGCUUGAGCUGGGUGCGAUGGGGUCUCCGCAGGCGCUCGAUCGGUGGCUGAGAGACGGGCAUGGGCCCGCUCCUCUGCUUCACGCUGCUGGAUCGCAAGUGGAUGAUGGGGAUGUUGUGCCUGACGGUCUGCAACUGCAAAAUCCUCGCGGAAAUCGGACGUAUCGCCUGCCCGUGCCUGCCUCGGAAGCGCGAUUCGUUAUGCUUGUCUCCGGUGGCUCCGUCGGCCCCGUCGGGCCGCACAAAGUCGGGACCCUCGCUGUGUCUACGUCCUCCUGUCAGGACGAGAACGCAAGAUGUUCUGUACUAGAACCGACUACGCUCAAGCUCAUCCCGAAUCCGCUUCCGGAGCGACCGUUUCCCGUGCCACAAGAGGGCGCUGAUGAAUCGGAAGGUGCUGUGCUGUUCGAGGCAGUGGUGCCCAAGGGUUCGCGCUGGAUUAGUGUGAGCGUGACUGGGGGACAAGGCUCAGGGUGGAUUGCCGCAGGCCUGACUACCGAGCAGAAGAUCGAAAAUGGAGCUGGCACUCUUCGACUGAUGUUCGGACACGUCUCUGCGACACUGCCAACAAGUCCGAACUUGAAAACGACUCUUUCGUUCCCGAACUUGCUGUCGAACGCGCUCAUCGUGCAUCGUGUGACUUUAGAAGGGGCAGAUUCCUGUCCUGAACGACCCCUCUUCGAGCCUUUGAUCGCACAUACAUCGCAUCCCUCCGAGACACAUUACUUUCCGCUCUCUGGCAGCCGAAUACUCUUGCAUACGCACGCCUCCGCGCCACACGUCGUAUCCCCUUUGACGGGGAUUGAGUUCACGAUCUAUUCCUCUGCAUGUCGCCCUACACUGAACAUCUCUGUUGACUGGACCGCGACCCUGGGUCGUGUCGCGACGCGCUACUUCACUGCAGUCCCUGCAUGGGCCGUCGGUGUUGUAUCUAUCUUGUUGUUGAACGCUUGGCGCAGUGCUACUGAAGUGCCCGAUGUUCCAUCAAAUAUCGACGACUUUGUGGGCAAGCCUUUGCGUCGAAUGCUGUUGGCGUCAGUGCUGCUGUCCGCUGUGCCCCUGCCGGUUGAGUUCUAUCUUGGCAAUGCGGGACACUUGCUGUUCAGUGGCAUUGCACCCGUGCUAUUGCUUGUUGCGACUGGUUUCGUCGUCGUCAGCUGGUGGAUUCUCAGAGUCUUGAUGUGGCCGUUGGGGAAGCUGGGGGGAUCGAGAUUCAAACGACGGCGGGAAGAUUCUAGCGUGCAUCGCAGCACGCUCAUCUCGAUGGCUCUCGUUCUGCUGCUCAUUUUCUUGGUCGUGCCGUGGCAAGUGGCAUUCCUCGGUUGCUGGGCUAUCCAUUUGUACAAUUGUGCUGGUUCUCAAGUUCACUUGAAACAUCUGGCGAGCAUCCCAGAUACAGUCGCGAUCCCUCUGCUUCGGCAGCAAGACGGACAUGAAGCGAGUGACGUCGCUCGUCGCCCAUCAGCGACACCGCCUUACAUCACGGCGAACCACAAUCACAGCAUGCACUUGCUCUUGCUGAUGACUUGGCUUCUGCCACUGGCCGCGCCGGUGCUCGUUGUCUGGGCCCGGACUCUGGCGACCGCGGGGCUGACCACACCAUUUGACGGGGAUCACUUCGUGCUCAGCGUUGCGCCGUUUUUGCUGCUCGUCGACUUUCUGACGUGGGUAGGGGGUCCUGUCUUUGAGGAGCAGCGGUUCGAGAGAAGACUCUCCGUGCGAUGGAUCUUCGUGGCUCUGGGCGCUGCUGCGUUUCUGAUGGGAUCCCGCAAAGCCUAUUUCGUAUUCGAUGUGGCCAAAGUGGCGAUUGGACUGGUCGUGGUCGUGCGCAUAGGCCCGAGGUACUGGGGACGAUCCGGGUGGAAUCCGUUGUAAAACUGCUUGUCGUAUCCGCUCGUCCACAGCGAGGCAGGACAGGACAGGACAGGACAGGACAUGAUUUGGCGUCAUCUGUGUGCUUUGGGCGCGGACAGGAUAGAUGGGAUCCAGAGCAUCGAUCCGUGAACCAAGGAAUGUCAUCAUCCUAUCCUAAUCAUAUCUUCCGGGCAGUGCAGAUCGGAGUGUACACGAGAGCAUGUGAAGUGCGAUCCUUGAAAUCGACGAUGGCGAGCCGCGUUCUGGGUCACUGGCGAUACGGCAACCGAUUCUCCGGACGUGCGAUUCGACGUGGGCCCUGGGACUCUGCGUCAGAAGGAAACUCACGUCGAGUCAUAAGCACCGGACCGGGUGCGCGGUACCGCGGUAUCGCUCCUAAUCUGAGCUUCACGGGAGCCUCGUCGCUGCCUCGCGAACGGAACGUGUGCUACGAGCAUGUGCGCGAGCGCCCUUUCGAAGCCGAGACGCGGCGAUCCCUGUGGGGCAGCCCACUAAUCCGGGUCCUUGUGAUCACAUCGUAGAAUUGGCCAUUCAUAGCCCCCGCGAAGACUCCGCACCCUGGGAGCGCGGGCACAGGGUAGUUCUAACCGAGCUCACGUGCAGUGCCGUUGAUUGCCAGCUGUCCGGCAUUGGCGAACAUGCCCAGGGUCGAGCUGGAGGCCUCGCCGGCAGAUGACGGAUGUUGCCUCGUUUUUCGUCCGUCUUGCUCCUGGGGCGAUUCCUGACCAGAUUCUUGGAUAAGAUGCGGCGACCGUUUUGACUUUCGAGAGCAAGGGACACACGCGGACCCACAGGGGUACACAACUGAGAUUUUCGGGAUUGUUUUUGUUCUCUCGAACGACUGGUCAUAACCGGACGAAGGGGCGGAGUAAGAGCAGGAAUGCAGGGGCUAGGCUUUCCGGGAUGACGUCCUGAGUCAUUCAAGGGCGUCAUCAGCAGCCGUUGUCCAUCGAUCACAGGCUCGCCACUGGGAAAUCGCGAGGAUCAGGUUCCAUGCUUUCCAGAGUGGAAAGGGCAGGCGCGGUUCCAUUUGAUCUCCCUGUCUGAUUCGGUGUACACCCAAGCUCAAAAUGGGUAUUCCUUUUGUUUCACCUGGCUUCUUCGCACAUCAUGUCAUGUUGGAAGUCCUCCGCGCAUACGCUUUCGGUGGAUUUCGCGUUCCUUCUCUGAUCCCGUCCCCUCCUCGUUCCUCGAGCGCCUAGAUAAGGCACAGGAUCCGUCCGGCGGACGACAUGGAGUCAGUGGCAAGAAUCACAGGGCGUCUGCAUAUUUAAGGUUUCGAGAUGGAUUCGGGGGGAGAGCUUGCAUCAUGAUCCACGUUUGACCGCGCGGAGGAUUCCCCCAAUUCCGUGGACAUUCUGAGAGGCGCACAUCAGAUAGGCAUAUCCCCAUCGAUCCAGUUCGCCCUCGUUUUCUGGGUGACAGGAGGCGCAGGCGUGAAUCGUCCUUGUGCUCCUUUUAUCCGUCUGAGACAACUGUCUCGCAUCGCAGCUCCCUAUGUGUUCCGAUGCACCGCUCCCGUGAUGGCACGCUACAGGAUAACGUGACUUAAGUUCAAAUUGGACCAGUUAUCGGCCUCGGCGAUGUUCGAGGGAGUUUUGUCCGUUUUUGUGCUCCUCUGUGCCUGCAGCCAGUGCAACACGUUGCACAGACGCACAAUAAUCUGAUAGCUCCGCAUGGGAAGAAUUGUCUUCGGCCGCGCUAGUAUCCAUCAAACGCACACAAUAUCUGUGAUGGGAUCGGCGUUCUCAAUCCUCUCAUUGGGUCGUCGCGCCGCAGGUGCCAUCGAGCACUCGCUCAGUUCUGCCGUUUUGACCCAUUCCCGGAAACGCUUAAGGGAUGCCGGUAGCGAGAAUAUUUUAUUUAUUGUGACCGAUUGAAUCUGGGCCGGCAGUCCACUUCUGCAUAGUAACUCCCCGGGCAGGUGCCGGAAGCGUAUAAAUCGGACACCCCGCCUCGCCUCACAGUGUUGUUGUUUUUUCAACCCACGACGAGCUCUCCUCCCCCCCGCCGCCCGUCGAUGCAUUCCCUCUCCCCAACCCCCAUGGCAAACACACGUUUCGGCCGCGCUGCCCUCGACGACGAGCUCUUCAGCUACAAGAACGACCUCCAGGCCUACUCGGACACCGAGUCUGACUCCCCCGCCCUCGAUCUCUGCGACCUCAUCACCGACGAGGCCCUCGCGGAUUUCGGCGCGGACGAGGAUGCGGCGUCCCCGUCAAUGUCCGUGUCGUCCUUCGACCCCUGCUCGCCGUACAUCGCAUCGAUGAGCCUCGAUGGCUACACGCUCGACACCACGCAACGGCUGGCACCGUUGUUGGACAUGGCCGGCAUGCACAAUUGGUCGACGAAUUUCGUUCAACGCGAGCCCCGCAGCGGACCUGUGCGUUCGUCGCACUCUCAGCAUUUUUGUGAGGACUCGAAGUCAUCCAUGCUUUCUCCGGUGUGUUUUUUUUUUCGAGUCAACAAUCUGUUAUUCCUCGUGAUGACUGAAUCGCAGGAGACAAUGUAUUCCCCGCUGCAGGCAGGGUUGUCCAUCGACCCGUUCGCACCACCUCUUCACGAGCUCAAGAUCGCCUCCAGCCCGUCCGCAUUCGCAAACGGGCCCCCCGCUUCUUCGAGACAGGUUUCUUUGGUCCCUUACGAGCACGAGCGCCUGUUCGACGAGGAAGGCCGCGAGCUGAUCAACUUCGAGAAGGAGCUCCGCAAGGACUGUGGGCUGUCCGCAGACCAGGCCAUCAGUCUCUGGUCGAUGCCCGACUGGAACUGCAAGCCGCCCAUCUCGCUCCCGCUCAUCACGAAGGUCGCGCUGUAUGAGAACGAGCGCCUGACGCUCCAGGGCAUCUUCGAAAAAAUGCGCACGCGGUUCAGCCACUACAGAAAUCGCGAGGCAUCCGGAGACUUGGCAUGGCAGAACACCAUUCGUCAUAAUCUGUCCCUGCACCGCUGCUUCGAGCGGUCCCCGAAGCGGGCGGGCGAGCGCGGGCGCGGCAGCUACUGGGUUUUGGCAUCCGAGUCGCUGUCUGGCCGGUCCAAAGCCGAUGUGUCUGACGCAUGGGACUCGGAUGCGUACGUCCCUCCGCAGCAGAGAAAGCGCCAGACUCGCGUUCCAGUGGCCGCUGCCGCGGCUGGUGGCAAGACCGCCCGGACCCGCCGUGGUGGCCGAGGCCGUCGCGUGUGAUGGCGGAUUCUCGAAUGGGGGAUCCGUCGUUCGUGCAGUGGUUUUGGACUCACUUCACUUUGUAUUGCUUGCUAGCACGACCUCGCUCCGUCUCUCCCGCGGUUUUUAUAUUGUUCUCCAUCGCUUGUCGUUCCCUGCUUGCUAUCUAUGCUGUCUGCAGCUCCCGGUCGUACUUACGCUGGGUUGUACUUGUUCUCCUCGCUAUCUAUGUUCCCGGUCGUACUUACGCUGGGUUGUAUCUACUGUCCUCGCUAUCUAUGCUGCCUGUACCCUCCCGGUCGUAUUUACGCUGGGUUCUAUUUGUUGUCCUCGCUAUCUAUGCCCCUCUGC